GGCAGGUUGUGGUUCCACUCAGGGCUCGCGCCGCCCUUGUCCACGGAUUAUUCAGACGGGAUUCAAAUCACUGCUGACAGCAGCACGCGCCGGCCCUUCCGACGAUUGGACGCCGCGGUUAUUCCCGAAACCUGCCGAGCGCGAGGCUGUCUGCUCUGGAAAACAGCCGCGCGUCCACCUGCACGAGACCCCCAUCACAGCAGCCGCCGCCGCCGCAUCGGGGAUAUUUCCAUUUCCAUCCGUUGUCCCGGAAUCACGCCUGAUUCCCAGAAGACUGACCGCUGACAGGGCUGCGGGACAGAAUGUGGACCGGCCUUUUGGUGUCGUUCAGUCCCGAACCGGGCUGCGCGUGGAUGUGACCUAGCCUCGGUACGCUAGCUCGGUAACCGUUUUGUCGUGAGCAGAAGCUCGUGGGCUGUUUCGGUAUGUUAAAGCAUUUACAGAAUAACAACCAUGAGAUUUCCGGCGCCCUGACUGGAACAAUGCGAAAGGAAAUGCGGCGGCGGAGCCAGAGGGUUUCAGAAAGCCAACAGGAGACGGUCCACAGGGCGUCUGGUGAUGUCUGUCAGCUCCAACAAAGAUGACUUUACUAAUGCGACGGGUGGACAUUUGAGAAGAAAAGCAGGAUCUGACACAGCCUGGGAUUCCACACACUAGAGCCCUGGGAAUGGGGCUGAGCCACAUUCCGUGGGCUGUCACCGGGACUGGGAUUUAGGCUACAGGCGACUGACACGAGCUAAUGUGGAAAACAGGGAGACAUGACAUGCACAAAAAAGAGGAUUUUUUUUUUUUAAACUCUUUGUUUUUUUAAACGGAGUCCGCAACAGGCUUCAGUAAACACCUUUUAGAACAGACUUGGACCCUUGACAAAUACGUCAUUGCACCGUCAGGGGCUGGUGUCCUCUAGAUUUAUUAAUUGUUUCCUGCUAUUUAUUAUUUAUCUGUGUUGGAAGAAUCAGGUGGAUUUGGUGUAGACCGCAACAGGCGGCCUCCUGCCUCAGUCUGGAGAACAGGCAGCCCACAGCAGGAAGAAAUGUUACAAGAAGGAACAACAACAGGGAACGGCUCUGUGAAGAGCUUCAGGGACAGGCAGCUACUGCAAUUUGUGAGAACCAGCCACACACCACAUCAAGGCUCUGGGAGUGGACUGGGAGCUGAGACGUCAUAACACACCAACCAAAGGGACCCUGCUCGAAAUGGGGCAAUGUGGGCUGAAGUGUUUGUGUUCCAUGUGAACUGCACAGAGGAAGCAACCACGAGGACGAAGGAACAACCAGUAGACGGAGGAGGCAGCGGAGAAGUGGUGGCUUUGGCUUGUGAAAAAAGGGUGGUAUGGGAGGGGGGGCCUUCGAGAUGGCGACAGGAAAUGAAAGCAGCGAGGGGCCUGGUGGAGCCAUGGCAGCAGUGGUAGCUACCACAGGGGGGAUGAUAGUGGAAAGUCCCUCCUCAGCUGUCUCUACUUAUAUCAAACUGGUGCUACUGGGACUGAUCAUCUGCAUUAGUCUGGUGGGUAACCUGGUGGUAUCUCUACUGGUACUACGGGACCGGGCCCUGCACAAGGCGCCUUAUUACUUCUUGUUGGACCUGUGCCUGGCAGAUACAAUUCGCUCCGCCAUCUGCUUCCCUUUUGUCCUGGUGUCUAUAAAGAAUGGCUCAGCCUGGACCUACAGUGUGCUGAGCUGUAAGGUGGUGGCCUUCAUGGCAGUGCUCUUCUGCUUCCAUGCCGCUUUCAUGCUGUUCUGUAUAAGCGUAACACGCUACAUGGCUAUUGCGCACCACCGCUUUUACUCCAAGCGUAUGACAUUCUGGACAUGUGUGGCGGUGGUGUGCAUGGUGUGGACCCUGUCUGUGGCGAUGGCUUUCCCUCCUGUUUUUGAUGUGGGCACCUACAAAUUUAUUCGCGAGGAGGACCAGUGUAUAUUUGAGCAUCGAUACUUCAAGGCUAACGAUACGCUAGGUUUUAUGCUAAUGCUAGCUGUGCUCAUAUUAGCUACUCAUGUUGUCUACAUGAAGUUACUCCUUUUUGAGUACAAGCACCGCAAGAUGAAGCCAGUCCAAAUGGUACCAGCCAUCAGCCAGAACUGGACCUUCCACGGGCCGGGGGCCACUGGUCAGGCAGCAGCCAACUGGAUCGCUGGUUUUGGCAGGGGCCCGAUGCCACCCACUCUGCUAGGAAUUCGGCAGAACUUGCACAACCAGAACAGGCGCUUAUUGGGUAUGGAGGAAUUUAAAGCAGAGAAGCAACUUGGCAGGAUGUUCUACGUGAUCACCCUGCUCUUCCUGGUGCUCUGGUCUCCCUACAUAGUGGCUUGUUAUUGGCGGGUGUUUGUCAAGGCUUGCACAAUACCACACCGGUACCUUUCCACCACUGUGUGGAUGAGUUUUGCCCAAGCCGGCGUCAACCCUAUUGUCUGUUUCUUCCUUAACAAAGACUUGAAGAAAGGGCUCCUUUCCUAUCUACCAGCCUGCUGCAGGACUAAACCUCAUUUGCCACGAGAGCCUUAUUGUGUCAUGUAAGCAGAGAUUCUGAUCAAAAACCAAGGGCCAACCAAAUGAUGGCAUGUGGAGAUGAUUGCUUGAGUUGUUGUGGUUUUUGAUUAAAUGUUAGACAUUUUAAAGCAGUGAGUAUAUACUAGUGAGUGUACUGAUAAAAAACACUGGAAUGGCAAGCAUGUACUGUAUCUCCAUCUUAUCCUUUUUCACACUAAACAGCAUACACAGAAGUUGACUUUUGACAACAGGAGAAAAAUACUUUAAAUGCAAAACAUGGAAGUUAUAAUGCAGUUUUUGUGGAAACCAAGCCAGAGAAACAGUCACCAACAAAUGGCAUGAGCUGCUUCAUAAAGAAUGUCAGAAAGUAGAUUAGAAAUGUCUUGCAUUGACAAAAGGACAGUUUGGCAGCAAAAAGAUAGAUGAGAGAGGGAAUCUUAAUUAUACUAACAUGCUGAAUUAGUUCACCGUGCUGGAUAAUUCUGUUAGUGUCUAUAAAUGUUUUCAAUGAUUAGUUUGAAAUAAAUGAAUUAAUCAUGUUACUA